AUGGCGGCUGUUUCGCAGUCCGUGGCAACCUGUUCAGGUUUGAUUAAUCAUCCAGGACUCGUAGGGCAGGGAUUAGAUGUUUUGGCUGUACGUCGGGUUGGCACCACAUAUGCUGCGUCUGUGGGAAAGGAUUAUCAUCAAUUGAGUGUUGAUGAUGGAGUACCUCAGGAGCCCUUCCUUCUAAGUCUUUUCAAAGAAACAGUGUGGUCUUUCAGAUCAUUAUUCAUUUUUCUGCUUGAGCAGCCGAGUCAGCUGAAGUACAUUGAAUGGCCAGGUUUCCGUAGCACGCUGAAGACUGCGACUCUCACUCUUGUUCUUGUGGCGUUGCUCAUUGUUGCACUUUCAUCAACUGACUCUGCCCUCAGCUAUUUGUUGGCUUUGAUUAUCAGGAGAAAACAUAAUCAAAUAUUAAUACGAGAAGUGUGAGCAAGAUCAUCUGUCGGAGAUGUAACUUUUUCAUGCCUUUGUUAGUUAUGUGCAACAUUAAAAAUAUCUGCCCCCUUUGAAGUGUUAGUUAUCUGUUAUUUAAACAACAGGCUAGUCAAAUGAUGUAGAGUACCUUUUUCGUAUAUUCUGCACCAUAUAAAAUUUGUUCUUGGUUCUUUGACUUCUUUCUGAAUCUGUUUAGAUGAGGAAGUAGAGGCGGGAUCUGGGUUCAAGGUGAGAUUUACCUUCCCAUCUGCUAGAGUGCUUCAUCUGGAAACUGAAGAUAGGAUUUGGCAAUUUCUUGUGGGAUUUGAAAAUGGAAUCUGAGAUAUUAUUUUUAACUUCCAUCUAGACAGGUGUUAUUUGAACAUUCCAUUUGAUUGGUAUCUAGUCCAACCUUAGACUAGGGUCUUUUUUUACUCAGCCCCAGUAGAGAAGAUAAAGGUUGAUGGAGCCUGGGAUGCCUCCACUCUUAAAGCAGGUGUUGCGGUAAUCAUAAGGAAAUACCAUGGUUCACUUCUGCUACGUUGCAGACUUGCAGUAUCUAUUGCUGCUAUGGUUGUCCAGUUGGAUAUGAAGGUGCAGCAGUAGUACAGAACCUUUCAGAAGCAUCAAAACUCAAGCUCAUGCACAUUCAUGCGGAAAGUGACAGUUCUGAAUAUGGGGAUUGAAAGGGGAAGCUUACCGUGCAGCAGCAUUGGCCAGACUAGCCAAGGAGAGGUUGUGCACUGUCUAUUGGACCAAUGGUCUUCCAACUUCCUUACAGUUAGUCACUUUGUUGAUUCUCUCGGGCUCCCCUCAAAAUUGUUUGCCUGCUUUCUUGUGUCAUGGUCUUGCAUUUUAAGCCAGUUGACAUUGUUGUAUAAUUUGUAGUUGUCGUUUUCUUCUUUUUUUUCCCGGAUGUUUCCUGGUUACAACGGGCCCGAGACAUCAGUCAAGGACUUGAGACCAAAGUUGGGACUGUAGAGAUUAAUGUCAUUUUCCUGGA